CUCAGGAAAUGCCACCUGUCGCCGCGGCACUGCCGGCGGCGAUCUUUGGAUGGUAUGCGAGCUCCGCCAUGAGUGGAGUGACGUCCAAACAGAUCCUUGGAGAGUACCCCCAUGCGUUCAUCCUCUCUGCAUGUCAGUUCACUAUCGCUUUCGGAUGUCAUGCAUGGUACACGACAUUGCUCCAUCCCACAUCCGUCUUUCAACGGCAGGAGAAUCCACGUGCCCACACUUUGCUGGUGCUGUCAGCCUUAGCGUACUCCAUAGGCGUCUGCAGCUUCAACGCGGGAUUCUGGGCCAUGCAUGUCUCGAUCAACGAAACGUUACGUGCCCUUGAACCACUUGUGAGCGUCGUCCUGGCCUCGACGUGUCUGCGCGACCCCCAACUCAGUCGGUGUGCACUAUACCUCUUUAGUUGUCAUGACGCCAUGUAGACUUCGCCUUCUUGCUCUGGUUCCCAUCGUCACGGGUGUAUACCUGUCCGCGAUCUCGAACGGCGCCUUCUCCAUCGUUGGGAUGAUCAUUACGAUGGUCGCCAACAUUGCGUUUCCUCUCCGCGCGGCCCUCGUCAAGCGCCUUCAGCCGUUCAUGUCAUUGCACGUGAUGUUUUAUUCCACUUUGUAUUACGCCAUGCUGCUCCAGUGGUUACUAGCUGGCCUGUGGAGCAUCUUUGGCAGCCAACCAGCCAGUUCUCGAUCAAUCACCAGCGCCAACUUCAAGGAACUUGUCUUCGCUUUGGUCAAUGGCGCCUUCUUUUACCUGUAUCAUUGGUGCUCAUUCGUGGUGCUGUCGUCAACGGACAUGGUUUCGCACGCCGUUUGGAACGCCCUGCGCCGAGUCACGACCAUUUUGUUCUCCGUGUGGUACUUUGGCCUGGCCCUGCAUCGCAUGAACGCGCUCGGGAUGGUCGUGGCAUGCACUGGCGCGUUGGUCUAUGCUAAGACGUUGCGCUGGGAACGACAGACAUCUCAAUUGUUGGGGAGUCUUCUCAAGGAAACCCAUCAGAUUGUGUAAAGAAUGCAGUGUGAAUGCAUGCCAACGUUUGUUCGAG